CGGCGGAAUUCACGCGAUUUCACGCGCUGGGAUUGCACACUAAGGUAUUUGGUGACAGACACGUCGCUCUGCCGAACGCCUCCAGCGAUUCACCAAGCUCCCGCGCCGUCGAACAGCGCUGAAACCACAAACCCAUCUGUGGUCCGCACGGAAGGCCGCGCUCAAACGCGACGUAUAGUUAAUAACCAAUGGCCGCGAUCGCAUCAGCGCUGCGCCUCGGCCAGCGCGCCACCGCCCGAGGCCGCCGCUUCCUCAACCUGCACGAGUACCAGAGCGCGCAGAUCCUGGCUGCCGGCGGCGUCACCGUGCCCCGGGGCAUCGCCGCCACCACCGUCGAGGAAUGCGUCAAAGCCGCGGCACAAUUGAAGGGAGACGAAGUCGUCAUCAAGUCCCAGAUUUUGGCGGGAGGAAGAGGUCUAGGAACGUUCACGAACGGCUUCCAGGGCGGCGUGCAUGUCAUCCCGAAGUCCAAAACCCAAGAAUACGCCGAAAAGAUGAUCGGCCAGACGCUCGUGACCAAACAAAGCGGCCCGGAGGGCAAGCCCGUCAAUACUGUAUUGAUGGCGGAGAAGAUGGACUUGGUGAACGAGAUGUACUUUGCUAUAUUGUUAGAUAGGGCCUUCGGCGGUCCUGUGGUCAUUGCCUGCGCGGAAGGAGGCACUUCUAUUGAGGAUCUCGCGGAGAAGUACCCGGAAAAAAUAAAAAAGGUCCCUAUUGAUAUUGUUGCUGGCAUGACCGAUCAGCAAGCGUCGGAGAUUGUCGAUGCGUUGGAGAUCUCUGGUAGCAAACCUGCAGCCAUAGAACAGGUCAAGGCCCUCUACGGCGUCUUCCGCGAUAGUGAUUGCACCAUGGUCGAGGUGAAUCCCCUCGCGGAGGACAGCAACGGUACUCUGAUUGCCGCCGAUGCCAAGUUAGGAUUCGACGACAACACGGCCUUCCGCCAGAAAGAUAUAUUUGCCCAAAGGGACCACUCGCAGGAAGAUCCUCGCGAUGUGGCGGCCGAGAAGUGGGAUUUGAACUACAUUGGGUUAGAUGGCUCGAUUGGAUGCAUGGUCAACGGCGCGGGCCUCGCGAUGGCCACCAUGGACAUCAUCCAGAUGCACGGGGGCUCGCCGGCCAAUUUCCUCGACGUGGGCGGUUCGGCCAAGAAGGAACAGAUCGUCGAGGCCUUCAAGAUCGUGACCACCGACCCUAAUGUCAAAGCCAUCCUCGUGAACAUCUUUGGCGGGAUCAUGAAGUGCGACGUGAUUGCGGCCGGUAUUGUCGCUGGUGUCGAGGAAGUUGGGUUGCAGAUUCCGCUGAUUGUCAGACUGGAGGGCACGAACGUCGACGCGGGCAAGGACAUUAUUAGGAACUCGGGUCUGAACAUCCUCGCGGCGGACGACUUGGACGACGCUGCCAAAAAAGCGGUGGCCGCGAUCGCCUAG